AUGUCAGAAAUAAAUGAACGUAUCGAUAAUGCUGAACAUGAAUAUUUAAUGAAAAAGAAAAAGAAUACAAGUGUCCAAAAACAAAAAGGUAUACAAUCUAUUAAAAAUAUUAUCUAUAGUGCACAUACAAACAAAGAUAACAUUAUUGUGUGUUUGAGCGAGCUUGAGAGUUAGUUUCAAUGAUUCCAAUUAAUAAUAAUAGUGGAUACAUAUACCAUGUUAUUAUUUUCAGUUAUCUAGCUUUGUUUAUAUUGAUAUUUAAAUUAACCAUCUCAAAAACAAGUUAGAUACCUAUCUACCAGGUAUCAAUGGAUAUUGAUGCUUAUAAAACAGGAUGCGAUUAUUUGAAUAUGAACAUUGAAUAGCUUGCAAUGAAACAGCUUGCUAUCCCCAAGUGCACACAAUUUAAGACAAAUUGUAUCUAUCGUUUUAAAUAGGUACCUACCUACCUAUCUACCUAUAUUACAUGUCUUUUUCAGGUUUAUUAAAUGAAAAAUUUCUCGGGAUGAUCGAGGAAAUUAACAAAGACUUUAAACAAAUAAAAAAAUUAUUCAUGAACGGUACAAACAAUAAUUCAUCGUGCGAUUUUAAUACCCAUAAAAUGAAUCAUAUUAAUAGUAUGUCUGCCGGCGAAGAUAUUGCUGAUAAUAAUAUACUUGUUAAUCGAAAUACAAAUGACCAAAACAAAUAUUACGACUUUCAAAACUCUGCUAAGUUUGAGUAUAAUGAUGAAUUUGACCGGUAUAUAAAUAAAAGUCAACGUACAGCAUGUUCUCAAGAUAAUAUAGAAUUUUGGUGUACAAAUAAUCAAAUAAUGUAUAAUGGACAGAGCUUACAGCAUGAAACAAUUGAAGGGCUUUAUCAAAUUAAAAUAGAAGACCUAAACGCCGCGGGCGUAAUAAAUACUGUGCAUUUCUUUUCGUGGGAAAAUCAAUCUAUUUGCCAAUGUGGAAUGACGUAUAAUUCAAAUUAA